AUGGCGACACGGAGCAGCAGGAGGGAGUCGCGACUCCCUUUCCUAUUCACCCUGGUCGUGCUGCUGCCGCCCGGGGCUCUCUGCGAGGACUGGACUCCGAGACUGCACGGGGGUCGCGCGCCCUUGCCCCAGGACAGGGGCUUCUUCGUGGUGCAGGGCGACCCGCGCGAGCUGCGGCUGUGGGCGCGCGAGGAUGCCGGGGGGGUGAGCCCGGCGGACCAGAAGCACCUCCGGACGCGACGGAGCGCUGCCCUGCAGCCCCAGCCCAUCGAGGUGUACGGACAGGUCAGUCUGAAUGACUCCCACAAUCAGAUGGUGGUGCACUGGGCUGGAGAGAAAAGCAAUGUUAUUGUGGCCUUGGCCCGGGACAGCCUGGCAUUGGCGAGGCCCAAGAGCAGUGAUGUGUACGUGUCUUAUGACUAUGGAAAAUCAUUCAGUAAGAUUUCAGAGAAGUUGAACUUUGGCAUGGGAAAUACCAGUGAAGCUGUGAUUGCCCAGUUCUACCACAGUCCUGCAGACAACAAACGGUACAUCUUUGCAGACACUUAUGCCCAGUAUCUUUGGAUCACAUUUGACUUUUGCAACACCAUCCAUGGCUUUUCCAUCCCAUUCCGGGCUGCUGAUCUCCUCCUCCAUAGUAAAGCCUCCAACCUUCUUCUGGGUUUCGACAGGUCUCACCCCAACAAACAGCUAUGGAAGUCUGAUGAUUUUGGCCAGACUUGGAUCAUGAUUCAGGAGCAUGUGAAGUCCUUUACUUGGGGAAUUGAUCCCUAUGACAAACCAAAUACCAUCUAUAUUGAGCGGCAUGAACCCUCUGGCUACUCCACAGUUUUCAGAAGUACAGACUUUUUCCAGUCCCGGGAAAACCAGGAAGUCAUUCUUGAAGAAGUGAGAGACUUUCAGCUUCGGGACAAGUACAUGUUUGCUACAAAGGUGGUGCAUCUCCUAGGCAAUCACCAACAGUCUUCUGUCCAGCUCUGGGUCUCCUUUGGCCGGAAGCCCAUGCGAGCAGCCCAGUUUGUCACAAGACAUCCUAUUAAUGAAUAUUACAUCGCAGAUGCCUCGGAGGACCAGGUCUUUGUGUGUGUCAGUCAUAGUAACAAUUGUACAAAUUUAUACAUCUCAGAGGCAGAUGGGCUCAAGUUCUCUCUGUCCUUGGAGAAUGUGCUGUACUACAGCCCAGGAGGGGCUGGCAGUGACACACUGGUGAGGUAUUUUGCAAAUGAGCCAUUUGCUGACUUCCAUCGUGUGGAAGGGUUGCAAGGAGUCUACAUUGCUACUCUGAUUAAUGGUUCUAUGAAUGAAGAGAACAUGAGAUCAGUCAUCACCUUUGACAAAGGGGGAACUUGGGAAUUUAUUCAAGCUCCAGCCUUCACAGAAUAUGGAGAGAAAAUCAAUUGUGAGCUUUCCCAGGGUUGUUCCCUGCACCUGGCCCAGCGUCUCAGUCAACUGCUCAACCUCCAGCUUCGGAGGAUGCCCAUCCUGUCCAAGGAGUCAGCCCCUGGCCUCAUAAUUGCCACGGGCUCAGUGGGAAAAAACCUGGCAAGCAAGACCAAUGUGUACAUCUCUAGCAGCGCGGGAGCCAGGUGGCGAGAGGCACUUCCUGGACCUCACUACUAUACGUGGGGAGACCAUGGCGGCAUCAUCAUGGCCAUUACCCAGGGAAUGGAAACCAAUGAGCUGAAAUACAGUACCAAUGAAGGGGAGACGUGGAAGACAUACAUUUUCUCUGAGAAGCCUGUGUUUGUGUAUGGGCUCCUCACAGAGCCCGGGGAGAAGAGCACUGUCUUCACCAUUUUUGGAUCCAACAAGGAAAAUGUCCACAGCUGGCUCAUCCUCCAGGUCAAUGCCACUGAUGCCUUGGGGGUUCCCUGCACAGAGAACGACUACAAGCUAUGGUCACCUUCUGAUGAGCGGGGCAAUGAGUGUUUGCUCGGACACAAGACUGUCUUCAAACGGAGGACCCCCCACGCAACCUGCUUUAAUGGAGAAGACUUUGAUAGGCCAGUGGUCGUGUCCAACUGCUCCUGCACCCGGGAAGACUAUGAAUGUGACUUCGGCUUUAAGAUGAGUGAAGAUUUGUCCUUAGAAGUAUGUGUUCCAGACCCGGAAUUUUCUGGAAGGCCAUAUUCCCCGCCUGUGCCUUGCCCCAUGGGUUCUACUUACAGGAGAACAAGAGGCUACCGGAAGAUUUCUGGAGACACUUGCAGUGGAGGAGAUGUCGAAGCACGACUGGAAGGAGAACUGGUCCCUUGUCCACUGGAAGAGGAGAAUGAGUUCAUCUUGUAUGCAAUGCGGAAGUCCAUCCACCGCUACAACCUUGCAUCUGGAGCAACUGAGCAGUUGCCACUCACAGGGCUGCGGGCAGCGGUGGCCCUAGACUUUGACUAUGAGCGCAACUGCUUGUAUUGGUCUGACCUGGCCUUGGACAUCAUCCAGCGGCUUUGUUUGAAUGGGAGUACUGGGCAAGAAGUGAUCAUCAAUUCUGGCCUGGAGACAGUAGAAGCUUUGGCCUUCGAGCCCCUCAGCCAGUUGCUUUACUGGGUGGAUGCUGGAUUUAAAAAGAUUGAGGUAGCUAACCCAGAUGGUGACUUCCGACUCACAAUCGUCAAUUCCUCUGUGCUUGAUCGGCCCAGGGCCCUGGUCCUCGUGCCCCAAGAAGGAGUGAUGUUCUGGACUGACUGGGGAGACUUGAAGCCAGGAAUUUAUCGGAGCAAUAUGGAUGGUUCUUCUGCCCAUCGUCUUGUGUCAGAGGAUGUGAAGUGGCCCAAUGGCAUCUCAGUGGAUGACCAGUGGAUCUACUGGACGGAUGCCUACCUGGACUGCAUCGAGCGCAUCACCUUCAGUGGCCAGCAGCGCUCGGUUAUCCUGGACAACCUCCCGCAUCCCUAUGCCAUUGCUGUCUUUAAGAAUGAAAUCUACUGGGAUGAUUGGUCACAGCUCAGCAUAUUCCGAGCUUCCAAAUACAGCGGGUCCCAGAUGGAGAUUCUGGCCAGCCAGCUCACAGGGCUGAUGGACAUGAAGAUAUUCUACAAGGGGAAAAACACUGGAAGCAAUGCCUGUGUACCCAGUCCGUGCAACCUUCUGUGCCUGCCCAAGGCCAACAAUGGCAAAAGCUGCAGGUGUCCAGAGGGAGUGGCCAGCAGUGUCCUCCCUUCUGGGGACCUGAUGUGUGACUGCCCUCAGGGCUAUCAGCUGAAGAACAAUACCUGUGUCAAAGAAGAGAACACCUGUCUUCGCAGCCAGUAUCGCUGCAGCAACGGGAACUGUAUCAACAGCAUUUGGUGGUGCGAUUUCGACAAUGACUGUGGGGACAUGAGCGAUGAGAGGAACUGCCCUACCACCAUCUGCGAUCUGGACACCCAGUUCCGGUGCCAGGAGUCUGGGACUUGUAUCCCCCUGUCCUAUAAAUGUGACCUUGAGGAUGACUGUGGAGACAACAGUGACGAAAGACACUGUGAAAUGCACCAGUGCCGGAGUGAUGAGUACAACUGCAGCUCUGGCAUGUGCAUCCGCUCCUCCUGGGUGUGUGAUGGGGACAAUGACUGCAGGGACUGGUCCGAUGAAGCCAACUGUACCGCUAUCUAUCACACCUGUGAGGCCUCCAACUUUCAGUGCCGCAAUGGCCACUGCAUCCCCCAGCGGUGGGCGUGUGAUGGUGACACAGAUUGCCAGGAUGGUUCUGAUGAGGAUCCUGUCAACUGUGAGAAGAAAUGCAAUGGAUUCCGUUGCCCCAAUGGCACAUGUAUCCCAUCUAGCAAACACUGCGAUGGUCUACGGGAUUGCUCUGAUGGCUCUGAUGAACAGCACUGUGAGCCCCUCUGUACACGCUUCAUGGACUUCGUGUGCAAGAACCGCCAGCAGUGCCUGUUCCACUCCAUGGUGUGUGAUGGGAUCAUCCAGUGCCGGGAUGGAUCAGAUGAGGAUCCUGCCUUUGCCGGAUGCUCCCAUGAUCCUGAGUUCCACAAGGUGUGUGAUGCAUUCGGUUUCCAGUGUCAGAAUGGAGUGUGCAUCAGUUUGAUUUGGAAAUGCGAUGGGAUGGAUGACUGCGGCGAUUACUCUGAUGAAGCCAACUGUGAAAACCCCACAGAAGUGCCAAACUGUUCCCGAUACUUCCAGUUCCGGUGUGAAAAUGGCCACUGCAUCCCCAACAGGUGGAAGUGUGAUGGGGAGAAUGACUGUGGGGACUGGUCCGAAGAGAAGGAUUGUGGAGAUUCAAACCUUCUUCCCUCCCCCACACCUGGGCCCUCCACGUGUCUGCCCAAUUACUUCCGCUGUAGCACCGGGGCCUGCGUGAUGGACACCUGGGUGUGCGACGGGUACCGAGACUGUGCAGAUGGCUCAGAUGAGGAAGCCUGCCCCUCGCUUGCAAAUGUUACUGCCCCCUCCACUCCCACCCAGCUUGGGAGAUGUGACCGAUUUGAAUUUGAGUGCCACCAACCAAAGAAGUGCAUCCCCAACUGGAAGCGCUGUGACGGCCAUCAGGAUUGUCAAGAUGGUGAGGAUGAGGCCAAUUGCCCCACACACAGCUCCUUGACCUGUAUGAGCAGGGAGUUCAAGUGUGAAGAUGGGGAGGCCUGCAUUGUUCUCUCAGAGCGCUGUGAUGGCUUCCUGGACUGCUCGGACGAGAGUGAUGAGAAGGCCUGCAGUGAUGAGUUAACUGUAUACAAAGUACAGAAUCUUCAGUGGACAGCUGACUUCUCUGGGGACGUAACUUUGACCUGGAUGAGGCCCAAAAAAAUCCCCUCUACUUCUUGUGUGUAUAACAUCUACUACAGAGUGGUUGGAGAGAGCAUAUGGAAGACUCUGGAGACCCACAGCAAUAAAACAAACACUGUAUUGAAAGUCUUGAAACCAGAUACCACAUAUCAGGUUAAAGUACAGAUUCAAUGUCUGAGCAAGGCACACAACACCAAUGACUUUGUCACCCUGAGGACUCCAGAAGGAUUGCCAGAUGCCCCUCGAAAUCUGCAGCUCUCGCUGCACAGGGAAGCAGAAGGUGUGAUUGUUGGACACUGGACUCCUCCCAUCCAUGCCCACGGUCUCAUUCGUGAGUACAUUGUAGAAUACAGCAGGAGUGGUUCCAAGAUGUGGGCCUCCCAGAGGGCUGCUAGUAAUGCUACAGAAAUAAAGAACUUACUGGUCAAUGCUCUAUACACUGUCAGAGUGGCUGCGGUGACUAGUCGUGGAAUAGGAAACUGGAGCGAUUCUAAAUCCAUUACCACCAUAAAAGGAAAAGUGAUUCCACCACCAGAUAUCCACAUUGACAGCUAUGAUGAAAAUUCUCUAAGCUUCACCCUGACGAUGGAUGGUGAUAUCAAGGUGAAUGGCUAUGUAGUGAACCUGUUCUGGGCAUUUGACACCCACAAACAAGAAAAGAGAACCUUGAGCUUCCGAGGGAGCACAUUGUCACACAAAGUUGACAAUCUGACAGCUCAUACGUCCUAUGAGAUUUCUGUCUGGGCCAAGACUGACUUGGGGGACAGUCCUCUGGCAUUUGAGCAUGUCAUGACCAGAGGAGUUUGCCCACCAGCUCCUAGCCUCAAAGCCAAGGCUAUCAACCAGACUGCAGUGGAAUGUACCUGGACUGGCCCCAGGAAUGUGGUUUAUGGUAUUUUCUAUGCCACAUCCUUUCUUGAUCUCUAUCGAAGCCCAAAGAGUGUGACCACUUCACUCCACAAUAAGACAGUCAUUGUUGGUAAAGAUGAGCAGUAUUUGUUUCUGGUGCGGGUGUUGGUUCCUUACCAAGGGCCGUCCUCUGACUACGUUGUUGUGAAGAUGAUCCCAGACAGCAGGCUUCCACCCCGUCACCUGCAUGCAGUUCAUACAGGCAAAACCUCAGCCAUCAUCAAGUGGGAAUCCCCAUACGACUCUCCUGACCAGGACCUGUUCUAUGCAAUUGCAGUUAAAGAUCUGAUUAGAAAGACCGACAGGAGCUACAAAGUAAAAUCCCAAAACAGUACUGUGGAGUAUACCAUCGGCAAGUUGGAGCCUGGAGGGAAAUACCAUAUAAUUGUCCAACUGGGGAACAUGAGCAAAGAUUCCAGCAUAAAAAUUACUACAGUUUCAUUAUCAGCACCUGAUGCCUUAAAAAUCAUAACAGAAAAUGACCAUGUUCUUCUUUUUUGGAAAAGUCUUGCUUUAAAGGAAAAACAUUUCAAUGAAAGCAGAGGCUACGAGAUACACAUGUUUGAUAGUGCCAUGAAUAUCACAGCAUACCUUGGGAAUACUACUGACAAUUUCUUUAAAAUUUCCAACCUGAAGAUGGGCCAUAACUACACUUUCACCGUCCAGGCACGAUGCCUUUUUGGCAGCCAGAUCUGUGGGGAACCUGCUGUCCUGCUGUAUGAUGAGCUGGGGUCUAGUGGAGACAUGGCAGCAGUACAGGCUUCCAGGUCCACUGAUGUCGCUGCAGUGGUAGUUCCUAUCUUGUUCCUGAUACUGCUGAGCCUGGGAGUCGGGUUUGCCAUCCUGUACACCAAGCACCGGAGACUGCAGAGCAGCUUCACUGCUUUUGCCAACAGCCACUACAACUCCAGGCUGGGCUCAGCCAUCUUCUCCUCAGGGGAUGACCUGGGGGAAGAUGAUGAAGAUGCUCCUAUGAUAACUGGAUUUUCAGAUGAUGUCCCCAUGGUGAUAGCCUGAAAGAGCUUUCCUCACUAGAAACCAAAUGGUGUAAAUAUUUUAUUUGCUAAAGAUAGUUGAUGGUUUAUUUUAAAAGAUGCACUUUGAGUUGCAAUAUGUUAUUUUUAUAUGGGCCAAAGACAAAAAACAAAACAAAAAGAAACAAAAAAAGAAAGAAAAGAAUGAAUAAACUUUGUAGUAAUCAACUGUGAACUUCAAACCGGGUUGAUUUUAGUAACCAAAUUGCUUUGAUUUGAUGUUAAUGUAGUCUUACAGGGCUGUGCUUGCUGGGCAUGCUUUUAAGUCUGUGAGAUAAUUUUGGUUCAAUAAAUUGGCCAUUCUUUUUAUUUUUCUAAGACAUAGAAAUGUAUUUAAUAAAGACUUCAAGAGAGAGUGAUGGGUGGAAUCCCUUCUCCUUGAAAGUGUGUUCAAAUUUGAAAUUUUGCUUGGAUUUAGUUUACAUGAAAAUGUUUGGGGAAAGGUUCUUUCAUGGUCUUUUGUUAAUUUAUUGGGACUUUGUAUAGGCCAGCCGUUUGUGGUCAUCUGACAUCAUGUAUUUUGUGAUCCCCAGACCUAUAGGGUUGGGGAAUGAGGAACAGAAAUAUUUUGUUGCCAUUCCAAAAGCAGUCCAUUUUAUUUACUUUGUGUCAAGUAGCAGUCUUUGGCAGAAGAAAGCUCUGAGUCAUGGCUAGAUUUCAGUCAAACAGAGCUACAAUUUGGGAAGUCCUGCAAGCCACAACUUCCUCUUAAUAUUGAUUGAUUGAUUGAUUGGAUCUUACUGUAAAUGCCUCUUUGGUAGCUUUUAAAGCUACCAAAUGCUAACAAUGCUUUCUUAUACACUGGAAUCAUUGUCAUUGUGAAAGGUUAUUCUGGUUGUAUGUAGGAGAGUUCUAGAUCUGUGCCAUGAUAGGAUACACUGGCAAAUAUAGUAUGUAAUUACUCCAUUUGAAAUUUUUGUUUGUUUUUACUACCACCAAAGAACCUCAAAUGUAAAAUUUUAUAUUUGGGUCAAGGUGGCCACUGAAUUUUCCUUAAAAAUUCACACUGAUAUAUGCAGUCAUUUUGAAUUGGGUCAGUGCCUUUUCUCUCUCUUUUGCUUUUCUUCCACCUCCCUCAGCCAUGCCCCCACCCAAUCUACAGAGAGAAUGCUAUACACACUUACAGAGAUAGAGGGCAUCUAAGCAUUUGGCCAUUCCUUUCAGUCCACACUAGCAGCAGCGGCACUGGAGUUUAUUUAUUCUCUAUAAAACAACCUGUGCUUUUUUUCCUUCUGCCAUUACAAUGCCGCCCCUGUGUUCAAAUCGUGGUCACUUGAAAGUUGUGUGGAAUCUAUUGUGGACUGAUGCCUGUCCUUUAGACUUAGUAUUGUAGGCACCGAUGUCUAGCAUUAUUGUCAUUUGUACUGUAUGAACAUCCUCAGUGGAGAGUUUCCUCCCAGCUGAGAUGCAGUGAGCUCUGGGAAUAUUCCAAAGUCAUGCCUUCAAUAUGUUUCCUUUAUAUAUGCAAGCCUUGUAAAGCUCCGUCUCCCCUCCACAUAGCGUGUCACCUUCUCACAAAUGUUUGUUUUUUUCUUCACCAAAAAUAUCAUUCUUGGGUGGUAAUAUAGUUUUCUUCUACCUAGGGAUUGUUUAGAAAAUAAGGAACCAAUCAAAUUUUUUAUUUUUGAAAUUUUUAUUUAUACAUACAUAUUUUAGAUGAGCAGUAAUUUGACCUGUAGACAUUUAGUACAUCACAUGAGUAGGGCUGGAGUUCAUGUUACCAAAUGGUGAGAAUGAUGAUCUUUGUUCUGGCUUUCUCUUCUUUCCUCUUUCUUUUUCUUUUCUUUCUUCAGAUUGGAAUUUAUUUUGCUUUUAUCUUGCCUUGGAGUUUUGUUCAAAACUCCAUGCCCUACCACCUCCGCUUUAAUAAACUCUUUAAGGAGCUAUAAGAUUAACAAUCUGGUGGGAGGCAAGUCGUUUAAUUGAACAGUGAGAAAGUAUAUUUUCUUCUUCUGCCAACUUUUUGGUGGCAUCUGUAAAAGCUGAUAUAAAGGCUCUGAGACGUUAUUUCCAAUUAAGCCACAGGCAAGCCUUUUUACAGAACAUGUACCUCCAGUUGGCAGUGUGAGAUGCUUUCGAGCCUCCAGUUCUAGCUUCCAGUGCCUCCUGGUGCUCAGUGCACAGUACUGUACAGACUGGCCAUCACCCCUCCUCUGAAGAUGCCACUGUGCUGUUUGAAAACAAGCAACCUUUUAGGGCUAGAGUAUUUUAUAUAAACAGAAAAGCUGUGGUCCUGAAGACUAAGCUAGAUAGAUGCAGUUAUGUGUAAAUUGUAUAUUUUUAUGAACUUCUGAAGCACGUACCCCUGUUUCCCUCUAAACAGUUUUGUGGUAGUUUUAAUGUUCCUAUGCCAUCUUCAAGAGUCCAGAGGCUGGAGUGACAAUAGGAAGUAAAAACAAAUACUGUGUGAUGUCUUUGAAGGUGACUGGAUAACUCUUCAUUGUGAUCACUUGGAUCCCCUGAGUGCUUGUAGAGAAGGGGCUUUUGCACCGUGUAGGUGCCACCUUGAAAGUUCCCACUGUACAGGCAGAGGUUUAUUCUGUCCCAGAGUAUGUCUGACAAGAUGCCUACAUCUCUGUAGACCACCAUGGGGCCACUAAAAUUUGGUGGGCAGGGGGACUGUAUAGGGGUUCUUUCCCAAAGCUGAUUUCGCUCCUUUCCAUGUCGAACACCCUUGAACUUUGUGAGACAUGGGUCCAUGUGGAUGAAAUGACAGAGUAGAGUCCCUCUCAAAAGGAACCACAUCUGAGCAGACCUGUUUCCAGACAGAUAAGCAGUUCCAGUAACCACUGGUACCCCUGGCAACCUGGGUAAGUAGUUGUACCACUGGGUACCUGGUUGGAACUUCUGACUUUCAAAAGAGGGAUUCCUGGUGUUCCAUCUGUGGAGAUUUCACUAAGGGUAUUUGUGGGACAGAUGGGGAACACAGCUGCAGGCUCCCUGUUGCCCAUCAUGCAGCCCACUAAAUGAAGCUAUGCUCACUGUACAUUAUGCAAUAGGUUUUCAGCAGGGAGUUGGGGAGAUCAGUAGCAUGGUGAGCCCCUCAUAGAUAAGAACUGACUCCUCCUUGGAGAGUCUUGCCAUCAGACACUCACCUGGUGGUCACUAUAUCCUAUAAGAUUGUAUCUCCAGUCCUCCCUUAAGGACCCAAACCCCACCCCAGCAGGUUCGGUUGCCUCCCCCCAAGGGAGUCAUAGUGAAUUUCUGAGAAUUCUGUUGUUUUAGCAGAGUUGGGAGGCCCCUUAGAGAAGAGACCCAGAACAAAACUGAAUACCAUCCUCAUAGGGAUUGUAGGAAUUGACUGGAAGACUCUGUGCAGAAUUUUCACUUGUAUUGGGAUUGUAUUUUGACAUUCCUAUUAGGUUAUUUUUCUUAAACGGGUGUGUGCUGCCUUUCAGGUACAAUUUUGUGUAAUAAAAGCUAGUGCAUUAAGUUUAUAUAGACUACUUUCUAUGCAAGACUGAGAUAUGGAAUAAACAGCAAGAGAUGGAUACUGUUGGGUACAUGGACAAGAAGUGUGUUUUCAGAAGGAGUACCACUGCUGGACAUGGGUUAAGGGAGGACAGGUUGUAUAUAUGUUUCUGCCCACUAAUUUUGAGCAGCCAUAUUAUGAAUUAAAUCAUCAGAGCCAAGUAAUAACCCAAGAAUGGUAUUAGUUUCAUGAGUAAUACCACAAAUGGAAUAAUCAUGAAUGCUGAACUGGAACAUUAUCCUCAGAUAUUCCAUGUCACUUCUCAUUUAAAGAUUCUUGUUCAGAAUUAUUAGAAACUUUUAGGCAAAGUCAAAAGUAUUUGCAGCAAAAUAAAGGCCUAUUCUGCUCUUAUUUAAAGUGAAACAGUGUAAAUUUGUUUCUCUCCAGAGUGAAAUUAGGUAUUUAUAAUUUCAAUUGCCUUGGUAAGUUUCCAAGUCACUGAUUUCUGCUGAAGAUUUUACUAUAUUGUUGCACAAUUUUAAGAUAAUUUUUGUCUCAUUGUCAACUUUUUUCACUGAAUAAAAAUUUAACUGGGUCAACAAAAAAACCCAUCUAUUUGAAUAUCCA